CCUGAGGACUCUGGACACCUCCUGCCCAUUACAGUCCGGUGCUGCUAAGUCACUGGGCCCUAGCUCUUCCACCUGUCUCGGUCAGAAUUAGGGAUGCAUGGGGUAGGGGACUGGCAUAGGUGGAACAGGCUGUGAGACCCCCCUAUCUCCAGAACGCCUCACUGGUCUUGCUGCAGUGUUGGAAAGGCCCACCAUGAAUGGUUCCUUUGAGGCCACUGUAAGAGUGCAGAUGGUUUAUUAUAUUUUGGAGAGAGAGUAAGUCAUUGUGCUAGAGAGGGACUGGGCUACGAGGAGAUGAGGACAGUUUCACCAGUCUCCCAUCCAGACGCCCCUGCUUGGAGAAAAGAUGACCCCUGCCCAUCUCCUCUGUCUGCCUCAGGGACCUGGAGAUGCAGGCAUCCCUUCCCAGAAGCCCAGGAGGAGGAGGAAGAGGAGGAUAAAUAUGAGCUGCUCCCCUGUGAGGCUCUGCUCCGCAACCCAGCCCCCGCCCACCUUCCUCGCACUCAGGAGGACUCUUUGUACUUGGAUCACUCUGGCCCCCUGGGCCCUCCCACGUCACCACCACCACAGCCACCACCGCCACCGCAGCCCCAGCCCGAGAUGAUGAACAGCCUCCCCACCUGCCCCACCCCAGGCUACCAUUUCCCACCCAAGGCAGCAUGGAGCCCGCCGGAGGCCACAAAGCAGAGCUGGCCCUUUGGGAGGCGAGAGCUGGGUGCACCAGACCGGGCGGUGCCGGGCCCAGCAAAGAAGCCCGAGGAGGACAUUUACCUAGAUUGUGAGCCCAGUCCAGUCCCGGCCUUGCCUCAGACUCUGAGCUCCCAAGUCCUGAGGCCCCCAGUCCCUCUACCAAGGACAUCAGUGGGGCCCAGGCCCACCACAGCCCCCCAGGAAGCUCGGAAUGGAGCGUCGAAUGCCACCUCUAAAGCAGGAAGGAUAGCCUCUCUUUGCUCUGUAGCUGCCACCCAGAACGCCUCAGCUGCCGAGGAAGGCGAUCUGCUGGGCCAGCCUUGGUACUCAGGGAACUGUGACCGCCAUGCUGUUGAGAGUGCCCUGCUCCGACGCCAAAAGGACGGGGCCUACACCGUGCGCUCCAGCUCAGGCCCUCGUGGUUCUCAGCCCUUCACCCUGGCAGUACUUCUCCACGGCCGGGUCUUCAACAUUCCCAGCCGCCAGCUGGAUGGCGGGCGCCACUACGCCCUGGGCCAGGAAGGCAGGAACCACGAGGAGCUCUUCUCCUCCGUGGCCGCCAUGGUCCAGCACUACCUGCAGCACCCCCUACCACUCGGACACAGCGGCAGCCGGCAGCUCACCUGCCUGCUCUUCCCCACCAAGCCCUGACGCCACAGCGCACGUGCACCCCGGCCUCCGGUUCCACAGUUUGCUCCUCGGGCUGUCUCCCUCUCCUCCCCCAGGUCUCCACCCCGCCAGCCCCCGCUCCCCCAUCCCGUGCCCCAGUCCCUGCAGGCCUCCCUGAGAGGCAUUGGGAAGGGUCGCCCAGAGACAGAAAGGGUCCCUAAGAUCCCACCCCAUGCUCACCCAGAGCCUGGCACUGCCACUCCCUGCUGCAUCUCCAAGACUGGGAAGCACGGGACAGGCAGGGCCUCCAUUCCCGGCCCCCAGGCAUGGCCUCCCGAGCUGCUAUGAAUGAAGGCCUCCUCUGGGAAGCUGAGCCUCAGGGGGAUAGUAAGGGCACUGCUGCUACACAAAGGGAAUCCUCUCACAUUCUGGAGGAGGCUUAACACGGGGCUGGCAUCUGGAAGGAACUUGGUCGCCCUGAACAUAAGUUUGCUUUCAAUAAGUAUCUGUUGAAUGAA